CGAACAGGCAGCGCCCUGCAGCCUUGGGUAGUGCAAUUGAACAACACUCGCCUCAAGUACAUGCUCGCUGGACGCUGUGUUUAUAAAGCAUCAAAAUCCCUCUCACAAGCGAUACUCAACAUGGCCAGAACAUCAUUGAUCAAGAAGCAAAACGCGGCCUCAUCCUCAUCUUCCCAGCAAGCCGAGAAAAACGUUUCCGAACAACAGCCACGUCCAGUCAUGCGCGACUAUCCUGGUCUUGGACUUCCGCUUCGCCACAACGAUCAGCGCAAUUAUGGCUUCUACCCCAUUGGCGCACAUGGUUCGAACUACGCAGCGGACACGAAGCCUUUGUUCGUCCGUGAGGUGGCCAUGAUGAGUGUCAUGGAACAGCUUACGGAAAAAGAAGAUUGGCACAAAAAGGUUUUUGACGACAAGAUCGUGGCCAAGUGGCGCGAAGAAGCCCUUGCUAUUCCGAAUUAUGAGUUGUGGAAGCUGGCAACAAGCGCAAAGCGCAUGUACCGGAACAACGUUACUGAAAUGUUCCAGUUUCAGAACGAUAGUGACGUCGAACCACUGGAAGGAAUUAUGACGGAGAAGACAUUUGAUUGCUGUAUCGAGGAACUCCGCAGCAAGGCCGCAUUUCUCGAGAAGACUGGAAUCAUACCAACUCUCGAUGCAUGUGCGUCCGUUGCCAAAUCAGACACCCUGGUCUCUCCCGAGUUGCACGAUGCUUUGCGAGAUGCUUUUGAAACGAUCAAAGCCAGCCAUGCAUCUUCCCCUGACUGGCAUCCGAAUUCCCAAGACAUGGUUCAGGACCUAGUUCACCCGUCCAUGUUUCCUCUAGUCUAUGGCCGCACCCGGGUUUUGAAGGACGAAGUCGUGGGAGUGGCAGAUGCUAUCGAAAAGUGGGCUGGUAAAGGUGACGUUAUCGCAAAAGACACUUCAACCCUCAAUCCCAGAGAUAGAGUACGAUACGGUGUAGGCAGUGGCGAAGUCCCGCCUGAUUACUGGUCAAACACCUACCAAUGGUUGCCAGCGAACGUCGCGUUCCAGGAAGAUAAUUCUGUCAAGUUCACCAGCUAUGUCAACAACCUCCAUCCUACCAAGUACCCCGGUAUCUACCGAACCAUUGAAAAGCUGAUUGAGACUUCUCUUCCAAUGUGGGAUCAAUGUCUUGCUCUGGCUGUGAAGUACAGUGGACGCGAAGGCGCUGGACGGUUGGCGCCUCGAUUUCCCGAACCAGCCAAUGCAGAUGACGAAAACGACGACAAUUGGACUCCGAACAACGCCGCCGAGUGUAAUGAUGUAGAAUUCGACGCGGAGGAAUUCAUGGCAGAGGAAGGCUAUGAACGUGACGACCUUACAGAAGACGUAGUUUUGCGAGCGAAGUGGCACUCUGUGCGCAAAGCAGCCAUGCCCGAACCACCUUUUACGGAAGUGGACUAUGCGCCCAAGGCUGGCAAACGUCUUAUUGACCGAUACCGCGAGUCUGGGCUGCAGAUCAUCGUGAAGAUGGCGUCCAUCGAAUUGACGCCUGAGAAGCCAGAAUUCCCGGUUGGAGGCUGGCACGUCGAGGGCCAGAUGAACGAACACAUCUGCGCCACCGCGCUGUAUUACCUCGAUAGCGAAAACAUCACCGGGAGCAAUCUGUCGUUUCGCAUGCAAACAUCAGCAUACCUAAACGACGACGCCCCAUUUAACGUCGGACAAGACGCGUAUCACUGGAUGGAAAGCGUUUUUGGUACAUCCUUCGGGAAUGGCAAUUCGCCAUGUCUGCAAAACUACGGUAGUGUUGAGACGCGUGAGGGUAGACUGCUAGCUUUUCCAAACGUCUUUCAGCACCGCGUCUCGCCUUUCAAGCUCAUCGAUCCCACCAAGCCCGGCCACCGCCGCUUCAUCGCGCUGUGGCUCGUCGACCCAAAUAAGCGCAUCAUCUCGACAGCCAACGUCCCACCACAGCAAAUGGAUUGGUGGGCCGACUCCGUGCUCGGUUCCACGCCCGAGUCGCGCGCAGAAGCCAUGUCGAAGCUCCCGCCUGAGCUUGUAGCCCUGUUGGAACAGAAAGGCCUUGACGCGAGCCGCCCUGAAGCUGAUGGAGAGAACCCACGACUCCCACAAGAGCUCAUGGACAUGGUACGCGAGCACUUUGACGCUGACGCAGACACGCUGCCGAUGAGUAUGCAGGAAGCGAGAGAGCAUCGCGCCAAGCUGAUGCAGGAGCGAAGUGCGUUCCACGACACGGCUGAGAAGGGAUGGCAGCAGCAUACGUACAGCUUUUGCGAGCACUGAGGAGAGAGCUGGCUGGGACUAGUAAAGUGCGAAAUAAGGGUGGGAUAGAUGUGUCGUUGGAUAAUAGUACUGAAUACUGUAGAUAGACCAAAUUGUGCACGUAACUCCCGUAUUACAAUCAACUUAUUCAUAUGCAUAGGCGAG